CAAACGGGACAACCACUAUGUCAACCACUACAGAAAGUUCAGCAGAGACAACGGCGACAGUAACAACUGAACAAGGAACCACAACUCCACCACCCUGCGUUAAGCCGACUGCUGUGAAUGAAUUAAAGGUUUUGAACACGUCGAGCUCCAGCAUCACACUAUCAUGGACGGCGCCCGUUGUGUCAUGCGAGAUCCAAAUGUACCGCAUCAACUACACCGGCUACAUUCUCUGGGGAAUCCAAAGCGAAGUGAACGGCCUGACCGACACAAUAAACUCUACAGAACCUAACGUCGAGUAUACGGUGACGGACCUGCAACCUUACGCCUAUUAUAAUUUUUCUGUGGUGUUUGUAACUGAAGCUGGCGAAAGCGAGCCUGCGAGUGUAGACGGGAAAACAGAGCAAGCAGCCCCAAGUGAGCCUCGUAAAGUGACUGCAGUAUCGAACAGCUCUAGAACUAUUCAGGUGUCGUGGACGCCGCCUGAGCAAGAGAACGGCGUGUUGUUGAACUACAGCAUAAGCUGGAUAAAUGAUUUCGAAAACCGUUCUGAGAGCGUAGGAGAUACUGAGUACAUCAUCACCUCUCUCGAACCUUGCGUUGAUUAUUUUAUUAAUGUGAAAGCUCAAACUUCUGCCGGUUACGGACCUCCUGGACACGCAACUGCAACCACACAAACCGACGUUCCUCCUGAGGUUACGGAUCUCAUUGGCACGAAUGUGACGAGCACCAGCAUUGCGCUGUCGUGGUCGAGACCCGACACGGAGUGCGACAUCACAGGCUACAACGUCAGCUACUACGGCGAGAUCUUGUGGGGAGACGGCGGCUGGGAUAAUGAUUCGAGAUCUGUAAACGGGAGCCAGGAAUAUGUCGAGAUUGACGGUCUCACUCCGUACACUCAAUACACGAUCACGGUCGUGGCUUCGACUGAAGCGGGGCCUGGAAUGCCUUCUGAUCUAAUCAUUACCACUGACGAAGCGUAUCCUUCUGAAGUUCGUAACCUGAUGGCAAACUCUACGAGUCCAACAGAGGUAUUUGUAUCGUGGGAGAUCCCUGAGGAAGAGAAUGGAAUUUUGAGCGACUACCUGAUAACUUGGGAUGAUGGAUCAGGAGAUAAUCAAUCAGCUGAAGUCAACACCACAAGCUUCCUCAUUGAAGGCCUCAUCCCUUGCGUCCUAUAUAACAUUACCGUCAAAGCUCAAACUGGAGCAGGCUAUGGGGAGGAGAGCUACAUCGACGCUACGACUGAUUCAGAUGUUCCUCCUGAGGUUACGGAUCUCAUUGGCACGAAUGUGACGAGCACCACCAUUGCGCUGUCGUGGUCGACGCCCGACACGGAGUGCGACAUCACAGGCUACAGCGUCAGCUACUACGGCGAGAUCUUGUGGGGGGACGGCAACUGGGUGAAUGGAUCGAGAUCUGUAAACGGGAGCCAGGAAUAUGUCGAGAUUGUCGGUCUCACUCCGUACACGCAAUACUCGAUCACGGUCGUGGCUUCGACUGAAGCGGGGCCUGGAAUGCCUUCUGAUCUAAUCAUUACCACUGACGAAGCGUAUCCUUCUGAAGUUCGUAACCUGAUGGCAAACUCUACGAAUUCAACAGAGAUAUUUGUAUCGUGGGAGAUCCCUGAGGAAGAGAAUGGAAUUUUGGGCGACUACCUGAUAACUUGGGAUGAUGGAUCAGGAGAUAAUCAAUCAGCUGAAGUCAACACCACAAGCUUCCUCAUUGAAGGCCUCUUCCCUUGUGUCUUAUAUAACAUUACCGUCAAGGCUCAAACUGGAGCAGGCUAUGGGGAGGAGAGCUACAUCGACGCUACGACUGAUUCAGAUGUUCCUCCUGAGGUUACGGAUCUUAUUGACACGAAUGUGACGAGCACCAGCAUUGCGCUGUCGUGGUCGACGCCCGACACGGAGUGCGACAUCACAGGCUACAACGUCAGCUACUACGGCAAGCUCCUGUGGGGGAACGGCAGUUGGGUGAAUGGAUCCUGCUCAGUUAACAGCUCGGAAGAAUCUUAUGUUAUUACCGAUCUCAUCCCGUAUACAGAAUACACGAUCACGGUCGUGGCCUCGACUGCAGUGGGGCCUGGAAAACCUUCUGAACCGCUGGUGACUCGCACUCUGGAAUCGCAUCCUUCUGAAGUUCGUAACCUGAUGGCAAACUCUACGAGUGCAACAGAGAUAUUUGUAUCGUGGGAAGUCCCUGAGGAAGAGAACGGAAUUUUGGGCGACUACCUGAUAACUUGGAGGAAUGAAUCAGGAGAUAACCAAUCAGCUGAAGUCAACGAUACAAGCUUCCUCAUUGGAGGAAUGAUGCAAGAAAUGCAAGAACUCAUAGCUUGCGUUCUCUACGACAUCACAGUCAAAGCUCAAACAGGAGCUGGCUAUGGGGAGGAGAGCUACACCAACGAGACCACGGAAACCGAAGUCCCUCCCGAGGUUACGGAUCUCACUUGCACGAACGCGACGAACACCAGCAUUUCGCUGUCGUGGUCGAGGCCCGCCACCUACUGCGUCAUCACUAACUACAGCGUCAGCUACUACGGCGAGAUCUUGUGGGGGAACCGCAGUUGGGAGAACAGAUCGGUCCCUGUGAACGGUGACGAGGAGUAUGUCGAGAUUGACGGUCUCACGCCGUACACUGAAUACACGAUCACGGUCGUGGCCUGGACAGAAGAGGGGCCAGGAAGUUCUUCUAAACUAGUAAAUAGCACUCAAGAAGCGCAUCCUUCUGAAGUUCGUAACUUGACAGCAAUCUCCUCGGGUCCGAAAGAGGUAUUUGUAUCGUGGGAGGUCCCUGAAGAAGAGAAUGGAAUUUUGGGCGACUACCUGAUAACUUGGGUAAACUUUCAGGGGCUGGGGGAGGAAGGAUGA